AUGACCCCAACCCGCAAACAACCCCCCCGCAAAACCAAACCCAUCCCUAACUUCCCCCCAAUCCCAAUCCCACCCCCCUCCCAUCCCCCCCUCAACACCCAAACCACCCCCAAAUGCGAAUACCCAACAUGCAACCUCACAACAACCACCCCACGACCGCCCCUCCGCAAACUCAUCUCCCACGUCUUCGGCCGCAACAAGACCACCACCAAGCGAAUCCCAGACGAGAUCUGGGUGCACUACUGCCGGAAACACUACCAGCGCGCGCGGUAUAGAAGUCACAACUGGGCGCGGGAGCAGUGUGAGCUGCUGUUGGUUUCGUUGGAUAGGUUGGAGGGGUGGGGGGGUGUGGGUCUUUUUAGGAUUGUGUUGAGGAGGAGGGAGGAUCUUAGGAGGAGGAGGGAGGUGGAGAGGAGGGAGGCUCUUGGGUUGGCUUUGGCUUGUCGGACUGGUGGUGAUGAUGUUCGUGGAGGAGAAGGAGAUGGGGGGGAGGAGGAGGAGGAGGAGGAAUAUCCACUAAGUGAAGAAGAAGGGGGAGAACAACAACAGCAACAACAACACCACGAAGCAGAAGAUACUCCCCAAGAAGAAACACAAGCAGAAGACACCCAAGAAGAGCCCGAACCCGAAUCAAAGAAGCGAAAACAGCGCAUCCAACCCUGCCCCGUCCCAACCUGGCUCGUGAAUUUGACCAAGUCCCCCAAAACAUUCGACGAGAUGCGCGCCAUCAUCCGUGAAUUGAUGGAGCACUUUAAUAAGCUGGAGAAUGAGUUGGAGGACGAGUUGAGGAAGAAUCUGUGGGGGGAGUUGGAGAAGUAUGAGGAGAGGAGGAGGAGGAAUAUGCUGCUGUUUCCGGAUGUGGAGAUCUUGCCUGUUUUUAAGGAUCCUUCUUCUUCUUCUGGUGGAUCUGGGAUUGGCAAUGGGAUUGGGUCUGGUUAA